GAAAGUGUUCGAGUCGUGUUUUGUUUACCGCCGUUUAGUCAAAGUUCGCGACGAAGUUGCUUCAAAAACGUCCUCAAAAAUAUUGAAUUAUUCUGCAAUAAUUAAAGUGUUGAACAGUGAAACAACCAUAAAAAUGCCCCGAAGUCGUUCGCGGGAGCGAACCACUAGUUCUCGUCACAAAUCCAAGCGGGACGACGACCGAAGAAAGAAGCGUCGCGACUCAAGCUCCAGCGACUCCCGUUCCAGCAGCAGUGGCAGCGAAAGUAGCAGCAGCAGCAGUAGUGAUCGCUCCAGGGAUAGGAAUAGGAAGCAGGGUAACCGGAACAAGUCAGAUUCCCGCUCGCCGGUGAAACGGCGCCAUCACCAGCAGCGAGAUCGAGACCGCAGGCGGUCGCGAUCCCGAUCCAAUUCCAGAGCGAAAAAUCGUGACCGGAGACGGGAGCGAUCCCGAUCGCGGGACAAAUCCCGCCAGAAUGGUCACAGUUCCGGGGCUGGCGGCGCGGGAGGAGAAUCUUCGUCUGGACGUGGUAGGUGGGAGCACGAUAUGUACCAGGAGGGGCAGUCCCGAGAGGAUGGCGACCGAGGAGGUGGUCGUCGCCGAACCGGAUUGGGUUGGGGGAAGGAACGGAGCGGUGGAGGAGGUGGAGGAGGCCCUGGAGGAAGCGGUAUGAAUGAUGAUUUUAUGCAAUCGAGGCGACUGCAGCGGGAGAUUAUCGGGGAGGAAGGUGCCCCGAUAGCGUGGGCAGAUUCGCCUUCCCCGAGGGAGUCGUCCGACGAUGAGAAGGAACUGAAGGCGCUGGACAAGAAGGCGUCCAAAAAGGCCAAGAAGAAGAAAAAGAAGAGCAGCGAUAAGAAAGACAAAAAGAAAAAGAAAUCCAGCAAGAAGGACCGCAAAAAGGACAAACACUCCAAAAAGAAGAAAAAGAAGAAGGUUUCGUCCUCGGAAUCGUCGUCGUCGUCUUCCGGAGAGAGCGGAGAUGAGGGAGAAGAGUGGGUGGAGAAGUCGAUGGCUGGCAAGUCCGGAGCUGGAUCUUCCAAGGGAGAACAAGAAGAGCUGGCCGAUGGCGUCGUGGGACCGAUCAAAACCAGUGGCAAUCUGAACCAGAAGGACUUUGGGCGGGCUUUGCUGCCGGGUGAGGGUGCCGCCAUGGCCGCCUAUGUGACCGAGGGGAAGCGAAUUCCGCGCCGUGGAGAGAUCGGGCUGACCUCGGACGAGAUCGCAAACUUCGAGGACGUGGGAUACGUGAUGAGCGGAAGCAGACAUCGCCGAAUGGAGGCCGUUCGUAUCCGGAAGGAGAACCAGAUCUACUCGGCGGACGAGAAACGGGCGCUGGCCAUGUUCAGCAAGGAGGAACGGCAGAAGCGUGAGAACAAGAUCCUGUCGCAGUUUAAGGAGAUGAUCAGCGCCAAACUGGCCAGCGAUAAGCGCUAGGCCGCGGCUUGCCGGAUGGAUUGGGCCUGGUGGAAAGUGGAAAGGAUGGGGGCAUGGUCGUUUGAAGUGAAUGUGUAAUGUAUAUAAUCAAUAUAAACCUAUGAAAUAAACAAGCAAGAAUUUGCAAAAACAUUUAAA